AUGCUCUCCAGCCAGACUUUUCAACACACUCAUCUGUCGGUCACCUGGUUUCUUCAUGGUGAAGAGGAUGAAAUCCCCCGGCCAAUCAUUACUCUGGACAAAGAUCUGACUGUAAAGCCAGGAGCUGGAUUUGAGGAUGGCUAUCGUGCUGGUCUUAUCAGCAUGGAUAAGGUGGAGGACACAACCUACAGACUGAAGAUGCCUCAAGUGCAGCAGUCAGACCAGGGGAAGUUCUUCUGCAAAGCCAUUGAGUGGAUCCAAGACCCAGACCGUUCCUGGACACAGAUUGCCCACAAAACCACCACAACAUGCAAUGUGGAGAUCAAACGAAUCGUGGCCCCUGAUGCAGGCUCGUUCAGUGUUCAUCUGAAGGCUUCAAAGGGGCCACUACAGGAGGGAGACGCACUGGACAUCCGCUGCAGUGUGAAUGCACAGAACCUUCCUGGUCAUUUCUUCUCGGUGACUUGGCUGAAGAACCAGCAGAAAGUGGGCCAGAUUGGAUCUUCUGGGGUGCUCACUAUGUUUGACAGUUACAAAGAGCGAGAGAAUGCAGCAGAGAUGAGAGCAGUGAAAACCAGUCACACGGACUACCUGCUGACCAUCCGUUCGGCUCGGUCUGAGGACCAGGGCCUAUACCAGUGUGAAGUAUGGCAGGAAAACAUGAAUGAAGAUGGCACCUUCAAAAAAAUACAAAAACAAAUGUCCAGUCAAGAGACUGUGAGCAUCACGGCUAAAGAGAGUGAUCUUGCGGUGGUCAUGGAGAUGAAGGACGUGGUGACUGAGGGAGAUGCACUACGGGUCUCCUGCUCAGUGUCGGGAUUCAAAGGUCCUUUAUCAGUGUCAUGGCAACACAAGAAAGACUCGGGGGCUUCCUUCAGUGAUGUCAUUAGUCUGACCCAUGAGGGAGUGAUGAGAAAUGUUGGGGCAAGGUAUCAGAGCAGAAAUGUUCAAACAUUUCAUUCUCCAGCUGGAAACUUUAUUCUAGAGCUUGGUGCAUCUGCAACAUCUGACAGCGGCGAAUAUAAGUGCAUUGUGUCUGAAUGGACAGUACAGAGCAAUGGCGAGAUGAAGAAAGCUAACACCAAAUCUCAGCAAAAAGCCAUAAUAGUUAAUUCUGUUGAAUCUCUAAUGAAGGUGAGCUUGAAAAGUCGUACAACAAAUGUGCCAAUAGAUUCUCCAGUAGAACUGCUAUGCACAGUCAGAGGGCCUAAAGUGUCUUUGGCUGUACGCUGGAUGUUUCAGCCCCGAAAUUCAACUGUUCAAACAAAUAUUUGGGUCUAUCAAUAUGGAAACAGAAAGGAGAACAGGAAACUAAGCCAUGGUUCAGCCAGCAAGAUGAGCCUGUACUCACCCACUUCUCGUCUGGAAACCACUGUCAACACUGAUGCUAAGCUUGAAUGCUCAGUCACGAGGACAACCACAGAUACCUCUCGUUUCACGAUAACAUGGAUGUUUGGGUCCCAGAUGCUGUUAACUAUGGACCUAGAUGCUGUUGUCAAGUUUGGCCCUGCAGCCGGCUUAGAGAUGGACCAGAGGAUCCGUGUGGAAAUAAGACAGAAACAGGACUUCCAGCUGAUUAUUCAACAGGUCAGAACAUCUGACAGUGGGCAAUAUCAUUGUGAGGUGGAAGAGUGGCUUCAGGAUCCUCUUGGUGACUGGUAUUCCCUAGAGAAAAUGUCUGUUUCCACAGAGCUGGUUGUCAAAGAGAAAGCCAGUGAUUUCAAAAUGAAUAAAGCUAACACUCAGCUGAAGGUUGAAGAGGGAAAGCAGCUAAUGUUGAAAUGCUCAGUGGAGGGUAUUGGGUCUGAUUCCACUCUUCGUUACUCUCUUACCUGGAUGUUUAACCAAUAUGAAUCCUCCAGUGUGGCACUUCUGACCUAUAGCCAUGAUGCCCGUCUGAAGUACAACAGCUUUGACUCAGAGCUUGAGGGACGACUCCACUUCUCCACCCCAGAAGUGGGUGUCUUUCACUUGACUAUCCAUAGAUCCAUCCAGGAAGACAGGGGGUGCUACUACUGUCAAGUUCAACAGUACCAGCUGGACUGUAAAGGCCAAUGGUCACCUAAGGCAGGCGACAAGUCAGGUUUUACCAAUGUUACUGUUCAGCUUAUAGAGAACAAUCUGCACGUUCAGAAGGAGGAACAAAGCCUGAACAUUAGCAAUCUACAAGCGGGGUUCACCAUUGACUGUGUCAUUGAAUCACGGUCCAGUGAUGCAUCUGUGUUUGAGGUGACUUGGUCCAGGGAUCAGAGAAAUGAAGGAUCUGUCAUCAUCUUCAAUGCCAGCCGUGAUGGUACCUUACACAGUGCUAUCGAUAAUAAAGAUCUGGUGUUUGGACACCCAAGUGCCAUGCACUAUAAGCUGACAGUGCCAAACGUCAACCCCAGUGAUACUGGCCUUUACCACUGUCAGGUUGUUGAAUGGAUUCAGACAGCUGCAAACAAGUGGAGAAAGAUAGGUGAAGAAAUGUCUGGGACGAUAUCUGUCCAUGAGGACACAGAGGAAAGGCAAAAAAAUGUUAGCUUUGCCAUGGACAAGAAUGGCAAGUAUCUUUUCAUCAAGGAAGGAGAGCAGUUUGAUAUUGAAUGCUCCCUGGAUGUAGGAAAAGAGGACCCUACUCAUCACUACAGUCUCAGAUGGGUAUUUAAUAGACCAGAGUCAACUAGCGGGAUACCAUUAUUGUCCUACUCUUAUGAUGGUCGUCUACAGUACCAUACAGAGAAUCAGGACAGGUUACGCUUCUCUAGACCUACUUCUGAUACUUUCCAUCUGGCAGUAUUGAACUCUGAUAUAGCUGAUAGUGGAAGAUACCAGUGCAGAGUUGAGCAGUACCAGCUUGAUUGUGAGGGUCAGUGGAAACCAAUGGCACGUGACCAGUCAGGCUCAACUAUAGUCACAGUUCACAGUAUCGAAAGUAAACUGCAUGUUCAGAAGGACAACCGAACACUCAACAUUACAAAUCAUCAGGCUGGGUUCACCGUGGACUGUGUCAUUGACUCACAAUCCAGUGAUAAGUCUGUCUUUGAGGUCACCUGGUUCAAGGUUCAGGAGGAAGAAGGACCAGUCACAAUGUUCACCGCCAGACGUGAUGGUAUCUUACACAGUGCAAUUACCUAUAAAUAUCUGGUGUUUGGCCGACCACUUGCCACACACUAUAAACUGACUGUGCCACAGAGCAACCCCACUGAUAUGGGGCAAUACUACUGUCAGGUUGAGGAGUGGCUUCUAACUGCUAACACCUGGAAGAAAUUGGAUUCAGAUAAAUCUGGAGUGCUCUCCAUCUAUGUUCACACUGAAGGUGAUUCUGACAAACAGACAGACCCGUUGGGAACGGCACUGGGAGUCACUAUUCCUCUGAUUUGCUUUCUUGUAUUGGUCAUAAUAUUGUUGUUGAGAAGGGAUCACAAGAGGAAUUCUGAAUUGAAGAAGAAGAAAGACUGUCUGUGGGCUGAAAAUAACCCCCUUAGUCCCAUGCCUGAGGUGACGCCUGCUGCAGGGGAUCAUUCCUAGUCUGUCUAGCACAGUAACUGUAUUAGUGCAGUAAUACACAAUUACAUAAACAAAAUGUUGUUACUGAGGGAUAUCUAUUUUAACAAAGUUAACUUACCCCAAUAAUUAAUGCAUUUGCAUUGCUAUAAAUAAAUAAAUUAUGAGGCAAGAUAUUUAAACCAGUGGUUUUUAACUGGUUUUGUUUCAGGGCCUUGAUUUUACAUUAUACGUCAAGUGAUGACCAAGCACAGAAUCCUACCAAACUAAACAAGAAUGUUUGUUUAUAUGACCAUGACAGUUUUAACAGGCUUGUCUUUAUAGUUUGAGAAUCUCUUGAGUUUAGAUUCAUACUCUUAGCUAUUAAUUCACUGCAAAUAUCACACUGUGACCAUGUUUAAUCUCCUUUGAAAACAUAUUUCAUGUAUCCUAGGUUGCAUUUUACCUCGCGUAGUUUUGCUCUCGGUUUUUGAGGAUGAAAAUGUCAUGCAACCUGUCCAUGAUAAUUUCUGCUGAGUGAAAGAAGAAAAAUGUGUCUUUGAAGUCAACAUAAAAAUAUAUUAAGCAUUUUCUCCUUGUUUUUUUAAGUAUUGCUACUAUUUAUUCUUGUUUUCACACCGCUGUAGGCUACUUGUCCUAUUAGAGCAGAACUACAACACAUUUUUCACUUGGUUUUUCCAGUUGUAAUUGCAAAUUAUUAAAGAGCUCACAUUGGAAUUGUGCUGUAUACACGGCUGUAAACAAAUGAAGUUACAGUUACAAUGAUGCUAUAUUUUCAAUUGUAUGCAGUUAA